UGAAGAAGAGGUCUUUUUCUUUAGGGUUUGGGUUCUUGCUGCGCCAUUCCCUUCGCUUCAUUUCAUCUCUCUGCUUCUUUCUUCGUCUUUUUUUAUUUUCCGUUUUUUUCCUCUUUCCUUGGAGCUCGAUUCAGCAAUGUGCUGUCAGAGUUAAAAACCAGACAGAUUUUGUUCAUUCCCAGUGUAAACUAUUAUUCUCUGUCCCUGAAAAAGCGCACUUCACACUGAAGUUGAAGUACUUUGGUAUUGAUCGCGCGAUUUGAAUUUGUCGACACCACCGACUUUUACCACCUUCGGUGUCAUGGUAAAAUUCUGUCGCCGCGAUUGAUUUACAGUUCAAGUCAGGCAGCAUUGGAGCGAGAAACUGAAAAAGAGGAGGCUGAAUCGUUGGAUAGUUCUCCCCUGUCUUCUCGGAUUCGAAGUUGUGAAACGCAUGAUUCUUAGUGAUCUGAGCAUUGCGGUUUCCUGAUGCCGAGGCAAAUUCGAAGCAUGGAUUUGGUUCCUGGGAAGAUCAGAAAACGAGGUUGCUCCUCAUCGGCAUCAUCUACCUCCUCUGUGCUCCAAAACUACAGAUUCAAAAGGGCCAUUCUUGUCCGCAAGAGGGGUGGAUCAAGUACACCAGUGCCCACAUGGAAACUGAUGAACUCAAGAUCUCCCGCGUCAGCAAUGCGGGCCCUGGAGUCCCCUAAGUACCCACCAUCCCAGACAGGUAGCAAGGCCAAACAAGCUCCAGUGUCAGCGAGGAAGCUUGCUGCCACGCUGUGGGAGAUGAAUGAGAUUCCUUCCCCGAGCGUUAGACAAGUAUCUGAUGAUAGAAGGUUGAAGAAAGAGUUGAGAGCAAGGGAAAAAUUGGCGGCAAGGUCGAUACAUUCUGGUUCGUUGCCUCCCCAUUUAUCGGAUCCAUCGCAUAGUCCCGUAUCAGAGAGGAUGGAUAGAUCCGGAACAGGUAGUCGCCAUAGAAGAACUCCAUCCAUUUCUCAGAGGCUGAGGCUCACGGACCAUCAAGUUGGUCCACUAGAUUCUCUUAGUAAUGCCAGUCUUAUGGAGGUGGAAACCAGAUCUCGUGCACAGACACCUACUUCAUCUACUAUUGGAGUUAAGACACGUUUGAAAGAUGUUAGUAAUGCUUUAACAACGUCAAAAGAACUUCUUAAAAUUAUAAACCGCAUGUGGGGUCAUGAAGAUCGCCCUUCCUCUAGUAUGUCUCUGAUCUCUGCUCUACACACUGAGCUGGAGAGGGCUCGCCUGCAGGUCAAUCAGCUUAUCCAGGAACAGCGCUCAGAUAAAAAUGAGUUAAAUUAUUUGAUGAAGUGCUUUGCUGAGGAAAAGGCAGCGUGGAAAAGCAAGGAGAAAGAAAUUAUUGAAGCUGCAAUUGAAUCUGUUGCUGGGGAACUCGAUGUAGAAAGAAAACUAAGGAGACGGUUUGAAAGCUUGAACAAAAAGCUAGGAAGAGAGAUGGCUGAGACAAAAGCAUCGCUGCUUAAAGUGGUGAAACAACUUGAGAGUGAGAAGAGAGCGAGGGAAAUUUUUGAACAAGCAUGUGAUGAGCUGGCAAGGGAUGUCAGUGAAGAUAGAUCUGAGUCAGAUAAAAUAGACUCUGCGAAAGUGUGUGAAGAGGUAGAAAAGGAACAAGAAAUAUUGCAGUUAGCAGAUAUGUUACGUGAGGAGAGAGCUCAAGCAAAACUUUCUGAAGCAAAAUAUCAGCUUCAGGAAAAGAAUGCAGCUGUCAAUAAGCUCAGGAAUCAACUAGAGGCUUUUAUGGGAAACAAACAAGUUAGAGAAAAAGGACGCAGUUCCACUCACUUGAAUGACGAAGAACUUGCUUUCUAUCUGGGUAAAACUCGGUUUGAUUACCAUCAUAAUGAAGAUAAAGAGGAUGACGGAGGAGAGGUAGAUGAUGGAGUAGAAUACAAAGAAGACUCAGCUGAAAGUGAUAUGCAUUCUAUUGAGUUAAAUAUGGACAACCACAAAAGCCACAAAUGGAAUUACCCCUCUGAAAGCAGGUUUGAUGCUAGAAGAUAUUCUAUUGAUGAAGAAGUUAAAGGGAGGAGGUCUACCUCUGGGAAAGCUUCUCGGAAAAGCAUGUCUCUUCAAAGGAGCAUAUCAGAUGGAGUGGAAUGGGGGGCCCAGGCUGAGAAGCUUCAAAAUUUUGGAGAUGGAAUAGAUUGGGAAGGCUUCUCUGAAUUGGAGAAGCAAGCUCAAGGGAAAGGUUACGAUGAUGAAAUACAAGGCCAUAAAUCGGUUAAAGGGCUGAGAGAUCAGAUUUUGGCUGGAUCCAGGCCCGCAUCCUCUAGAGCUUAUGCAAGUCCAACCAGGCAAUCUGUACAGCCUUGGCCAUCACGAGAUCCGACAAAUGCCUUCUUGGAGAGACCGCCAAUAAUGCCAGUCAAUGGUAUCAAAUCAAGGUUAUCAGAAGUGAGGGGCGAGGGCCAAAAUGUGAGGAAGCCCAAACGGUGAGAAACGCGCAUAACUUUUUACAAAGGUCUGCUUGCCAAUCCCAUGCAUUCUGUUGUGAUGUCUGGCAAAAAUGCAGGACGAAAUCAUAGGCCUGCUAGGUAAAGGCCAGCGUAAAAAAUGCUUUCCUCCUCGUAACUUGUCUUUUUGGCUAGCCCGUGGGUACUAAAAUUGUAGCAGUCGCUGCUUGGAUAUUGUUUCGUUUGUAGAGUUCAGAACAUAUUCCAACUGUCGAGUUUCUCCUGUAAUUUAUGCUGAGUAUGUUUCUCAGGAUGCUUUCUUUUCAAUUUUAAUGAGAAUACUGUCUCAGUUUCUCACCCACUA